ACACUCUCACUGGACCAGUGAGCAGGGACGGCCUGAGAAUGCAGAACGACGCUGGCGAGUUUGUGGACCUGUACGUGCCAUGGAAAUGUUCCACGAGCAACCUCAUCAUUGCUGCCAAGGACCACGCGUCCGUCCAGAUGAAUGUGGCCGAGGUUGACAGAACCACAGGCCGAUUUAAUGGCCAGUUUAAAACCUAUGGCAUCUUUGGAGCCAUUCGCAGGAUGGGCAAGUUAGAUGAUUCUAUUCUCUGAUUGGCUAAGGCUGAUGGAAUUGUCUCAAAGAACUUCUGAGCAGAAGAACUCAGGAAUAAUUUGCUACAAAUAAAAGUGAU